AACCGAAACAGGCUUACAACCUUUUAAUGUUAACGGAUCGUUUUUCAAGUCUAUAUAAGCUUACUUGAGUUGAUCUUUACAGAUAUUUUGAAUAUGAAACCUAUUUUACUACAUUCUCAUACUCGCCCUUUAACACAACUCAAAUUCAAUAAAGAAGGAGAUUUACUUUUUUCUUCUGGGAAAGAUAUUAGUUGGCAUGUUUGGAGAACUUCUAACGGUGAAAAACUUGGUUCUUAUGACGGGCACAGUGGUUCUGUUUGGUGCGUCGACAUUUCAGCCGACACCACCCUUGCUGUUUCUGGUAGUGGUGAUACAACCUGCAAGGUGUGGGACACAGAAAAAGGGACAAUCAUACAUAAUCUCACUGCUUCAACUCCUGUGCGCACCGUUAAUUUCAAGAAUGACAAACAUAUAAUUACUAUUACUACCGAUGCCACCAUGGGAAAGCCUUGUGAAAUAUUAACGUAUGAUCUUAGAGAUGAAAAUUCCUUAAAAGAUGGAAUAAAGUUUUUUCGAACUGAUAGUCAACCCUUAAAUAGUAACAAUAAGGUUACUGCUGCGAUUUACGUUGCUUAUGAUGAUUUGUACCUCACAAGCCAUCUCAAUGGAGAGGUCACCCAGUGGCGCGCUGCGACCGGUGAGAAGCUUAGAUCUUCCUGUGUACACACGAACCAAAUAAACAGUAUUCAAAAAUCUACUGACGAGGACUUCAUCGUUACAGCGUCCAAAGACACUACUGCUAAGCUUUUGGAUGUCUGGUUACUUGAAGUGGUUAAAGAGUACAAAACUCCUCAAGCCGUAAAUUCUGCCAGCCUCAGCAGCUUAGAAGACCACGUGCUGCUUGGAGGGGGUCAGGACUCCCACGAGGUGACUACAACGGAUACCCGGUCGGGAAAGUUUGUUUGCCGGUUCUACCACAAGAUAUAUGAAUCGGAAAUUGGACGUGUUAAAGGCCACUUCGGGCCUGUAAACACCGUGGCCUUCCACCCCGAUGGGCGCUCCUUUGCCAGCGGCGGUGAAGACGGACUUAUACGAUAUCACUACUUUGACGAUAGCUAUUUUAACUUUAAGUUUAGUUAUUAAUACCUUUUUUAUCGGCUUCUAUCACUUUAAUAAACUCGUUUCUUCGCGCUUUCCAUUCUUUUA